AUGAGUUGGAGCCAGCUGGACGGCCAUUCACCGCGACAGUUGGAUCGCAGUGAAGGGCAGCGGUGCCCGAGAGGCCCGGUGCAGGCCGUGGCGUCAAACGUGACUGCGCAACGUGUGUCCCACAAACUGGUAUGCUAUCUCACCAACUGGGCACAUAGACGACCAGGCAUGGCCUCCAUCGCCCCCAAGGACCUGGACCCCUUGCUCUGCACCCACCUGAUAUUUGCAUUUGCCUCAAUGGAAAACAACCAGUUGGUGGCGAAAACUGCCCGGGAUGAGGCGGUUUUCUACCCAGAGUUCAACAGGCUCAAGGAGAGGAACCAGAGGCUGAAAACCCUGCUGUCUGUUGGUGGGUGGGACUUCGGCACUGAAAGGUUCACGACUAUGCUGUCCACAGCCACCCGCCGUGGGAAGUUUAUUGAGUCAGUUAUCUCCCUCCUGAGGACCUAUAACUUUGAUGGUCUCGACCUUUUCUUCUUGUACCCUGGACUAAGAGGCAGCCCCCUGCAUGACCGGUGGAACUUUCUCUUCUUGAUUGAAGAGCUCCUGUUUGCCUUCAGAAGGGAGGCCACCAUCCACUGUCACCCAAGGCUGCUGCUCUCGGCUGCGGUCUCUGGGGCCCCGCACAUCAUCCACAGAUCUUAUGACGUCCGCUUUCUAGGACGAUACUUGGAUUUUAUCAACAUCUUGUCUUAUGACUUCCAUGGGUCCUGGGAAGGGGUCACAGGACAUAAUAGCCCCCUGUACUCUUUGUCUGGAGAUCCUAAAUCAUCGGCAUUUGCCAUAAAUUACUGGCGGAAGCUUGGAGCACCCUCGGAGAAGCUCAUCAUGGGAUUGCCCACUUACGGACGUACCUUUUGUCUCCUCAAAGACUCUGAGGCUCGGUUGGGGGCCAAGACCACGGGACCAGGACUUCCAGGGAAGUACACCAAGCAAGCUGGCUUCUUGGCUUAUUUUGAGAUUUGCUCCUUUGUCCGGCAAGCGAAGAAAAGCUGGAUCGACAACCAGUUUGUCCCGUACGCCUCCAAGGGGAAGGCGUGGGUCGGCUAUGAUGAUGCUGCCAGCUUCACUUACAAAGCAAUGUUCAUCAAGACAGAGCUUUUUGGGGGGGCCAUGGUAUGGACGCUGGACCUGGAUGAUGCCAAGGGCACUUUCUGUGGCAAUGGCCCUUUCCCCCUUGUCCGGAUAUUGAGUAAUCUCCUGUUGAAUGAUGGAGGUGAGAGAGUGGCCACUGAGAGCCAUAGGCACUAUGAAAACACGAUGCCUGGGGAGACUGUGACCCCUGGAAGGGAGACUAUGACCCUUGGAGAGCAUAACGUAACUCUGGAAAAGAAGCGCGGGACAUCUGAAGAGAUGGCCACGUCGCCUGUGGGUUACUCAAUAGUCAUGUCUGGGGAGACGAAUACAUCCCCUGUGGGUUCUUCAAUGGUCACGUCUGGGGAGACCGAUACAUCCCCUGUGGGUUCUUCAGCUGAGACGUCUGAAGAGCUGACCAUGCCGCCUGUGGAUUCUCUGACCGUGACCCCCGAAGGGACAACCUUGAUCCCUGUGAAUCUCCAGGCGGAGACUACCACCGGAAGGAUGACUUCAGUACCUGGAAGGAACCCUAUAAUCCCCGAAAAGAUUGUGACGCCUUUAGGAAAGAUGCUCCUCUCUUCUGCUGAGCAGAUGGGGACUCUAAGAGGAAAGAAUUCCACUGCCAAGGGGAACUUUGACUGCCCGGUGGAGAACUGA